CGCCGCUCGGGGUGGUAUAAAAGCUUCACCUUUUGCUGCUCCCACCACUUCAUUUGGCUCCUGCCUCCCUCUCACCUGCACGGGUGAACUGCUGUGCCUGUCGGUGCCAACCCCCCCUGGCAAGGAUGUCCUACUACGAGCAGUGCAAGCAGCCCUGCCUGCCCCCCCCCAUCUGCCUGCAGAAGGGCGUCAAGCGGGUGGUGGAGCCGUGCCAGGCCGUGUGCCCCGAGCCCUGCCCGGUGCAGUGCGUGGAGGUCUGCCCGGCCCCCUGUGCCCCCCAGUGCAGCUCCUCCUGCAGCACCCAGUGCGUGGAGCCCUGUGCCACCCAGUGCAGCACCCAGUGCGUGGAUGUCUGUGCCCCUCAGUGCGUGGAUGUCUGUCCCCAGUCCUGUGCCCAGUCCUGUGCCCCGCAGUGCGUGGAUGUGUGUGCCCAGUCCUGUGCCCCACAGUGCGUGGACGUCUGUGCCCCGCAGUGCCCGGCCCAGUGCCCCGAGCCCUGUGCCCCCCAGUGCCCCACCAAGUGCCCCGAGCCCUGCCAGGGCCCCUGCGUGGAGGUUUGCCCCACCAAGUGCGUGGAGUCCUGCGACACCGUGUGCCUGGAGCCCGUCUGCUCCCGGCCCUGCUGA